UACAACACAGUUCAAUCAAUUGGUAUAUCACAAUGAGUUAUCGUGGAAGAGGUAGAGGAGGCUACCAUGGCGGUAAUUACAACAAUAACCAACAACAACACCACAACAACCAAUACAACAACAAUAAUCAACAAAAUGUUGAUGCAUUCGUGGCUGCCAAUUCCAUCCCUGUGGAAAUCAUGGGCUGGAACGGGGCCAGUUCCGGUGAGUGUAUAAACUUUAUCUCGAGAAAAUGCCGUGUUGUCGUGUCAAAUUACAGUGUUGAUGAAAAUAGCGGCGUCUUGAAAGGCUAUGUCAAGAACGAAUCCCAAGUUAAACAAUUGUUGGAUUGGAGUGGGGUGAGAUUUGCUGGACAACCGUUGAGAUUCUCAAAGGGGUCAGCUACUUUAUCAGGACAAAUGGGGGCCAACACCAGUGGACCAAUGAAUACUAUUGAAACCAUUACUCAUUUCUUGAAGACAAGAUAUCAACCGGAAAUCAAAUUAUUAAACCUCAGUAACGUUAAACAGGAUCCCACAUUGGCAGCACAGGGGUUUUUCGGUUCAAUGUCUACCACGUCGAAAUUCUUUCCUGCAUUAAUGAAAA